GGCAGGCUCGAGCUCAGUGAGCGUACCGACAGCGCGCGCAGAGCAGCGAUCCGGUCGCUAUAGCUACCUAAGGCGGUGGAAACGGUUAAACCUGAAACAAACAUGUUUUGACAAUGAAGAAAAACAGAAGACAAGGCAGCGCAGUGUAAAGGAAAGAGUAGACACCGUUCUUGAAGCUAAAAUCAAUGGUACAGAAAGGGAUGUCCAGGACGCCUUCCACCUCGACACAGGAAAUCCAGAUGGACAUGUUCGAGCACCACGGCUCGCACGCGCAGGGGAAAUACGCAAAGAGGAAGAGUCGCUUUAAGCGAUCUGAUGGCAGCACCUCGUCUGACACAACCUCAAACAGCUUUGUCCGGCAGGGUUCAGCAGACUCCUACACCAGUCGUCCCUCAGACUCUGACGUGUCUCUGGAGGAGGAUCCAGAGGCCCUGAGAAAAGAGGCAGACAGACAGGCUCUGGCAACCCUUGAGAAAGCCAAGACUAAGCCAGUUGCAUUUGCUGUGAGGACUAAUGUUGGUUAUAACCCGGGUCCUAAUGAUGAUGUUCCAGUGCAGGGCAUGGCCAUCUCAUUUGAAGCCAAAGAUUUCCUGCAUAUCAAAGAGAAAUAUAAUAAUAACUGGUGGAUAGGACGUUUGGUGAAGGAAGGAUGUGAGGUGGGUUUCAUCCCCAGUCCAGUAAAGCUGGAGAGCACUCGUCAGCUACAGGAGCAGAGGAGCAGACAGAAUCGCUUAAGCUCCAGUAAGUCUGGUGGGAGCUCCAGUCUGGAUGUUGCCUCAGGAACUCGUAGGCCCACUCCACCUGGAACAGCUGAUAUGUCAGCACUUUAUGAUGAUACAUCGGAUGUUGAGGAGGCGGAGCAUGUUGAUGCCCGGGACCGUAAGGGUGUGGCCAGCAGUGUCACAUCCCCUCAGGGCAAUAUACCUCGUCUGCCCUUCUUUAAGAAGAUGGAACAUGUUCCUCCCUAUGAUGUGGUGCCUUCUAUGAGACCCAUCAUUCUAGUCGGGCCAUCACUCAAAGGCUAUGAGGUAACUGAUAUGAUGCAGAAAGCUCUGUUUGACUUCCUGAAACACAAGUUUGAGGGCAGAAUAUCCAUCACGCGGGUCACAGCAGAUAUCUCCCUCGCCAAGCGUUCUGUCCUGAACAAUCCCAGCAAACACACCAUCAUUGAGCGUUCCAGCACCAGAUCCAGUUUGGACGUACUGGCCGAGGUACAGAGUGAAAUAGAGAGAAUCUUUGAGUUGGCUCGGACCUUGCAGCUGGUGGCUCUGGAUGCCGAUACCAUUAACCAUCCAUCUCAACUUGCCAAAACAUCACUAGCACCUAUAAUAGUUUACAUUAAGAUUGCCUCUCCAAAGGUAUUGCAAAGGCUGAUAAAGUCCAGAGGUAAAUCUCAGGCCAAACAUCUCAAUGUUCAGAUUGUGGCAGCGGACAAACUAGCACAAUGCCCCCCGGAGCUCUUUGACAUCAUAUUAGACGAAAACCAGCUGGAGGACGCAUGUGAACACCUGGCAGAUUAUUUGGAGGCGUACUGGAAGGCCACACACCCUCCAAGCAGCAACCCCCCAAACCCACUGCUGAACCGCACUAUGGCCACGGCAGCACUUGCUGCUUCACCUGAGCCCGUCUCCAACCUGCAGGUACAGGUGCUCACCUCGCUCCGCCGUAACCUGGAGCUCCUGGAUGGCUCUAAUCCUGAGAAGGAGGGCCAAGAGGAGGAACAUGCCCUUUAACAAGGGUUGAGGGGCAUAAAACACAGCUGUGAGGAGAAGUCGGAGAAGCAGUCUCUUCCUCAGUGACAUGAAGAAAAGUACACACUGAUCAAAGUACAGAUAGCUGCUCAACACAUAGGAAGCUAUAAGUGCAAUCAUAAUUAUCUGUGCUUCCUUUCAUUUGAAACUCAUAGGAUCUCACCGAUACAUCGCUCAAAUAUGCACCCCCCGCCCCCACCAAAAAAAAAAAAAAAAAAAACCUGAA